UUGAACAGGAUCAGUGGUCCCACCAUAGACCAAGUAAUGUAAUAUAGGGUGGGUCCCACAGAGUACAUUAUAUAAACACUAUACAGUAAUCUCUGCUAACCUUUGUCUGCUAACGCUAACCUAAUUUUACAUAAAUUAGUAAAUAAAUGUAAGUAAAAUAUUCAACAAAAUAAAGUAAAAUGGGAAAAACUUCGAAGGACAAAAGAGACAUUUACUACAGAUUGGCUAAAGAGGAAGGUUGGAGAGCCAGAAGCGCUUUUAAACUAUUACAAAUUAAUGAGGAAUAUAAUAUUUUUGACGGUGUAUUGCGAGCCGUAGAUUUGUGUGCCGCACCAGGUAGUUGGAGUCAAGUGUUAACCAAAAAACUGCGUAAAAAUGCUAAAAAUGAAGAUGAUGUAAAAAUAGUUGCAGUGGAUUUACAAGCUAUGGCAUCGCUUCCUGGUGUCAAACAAAUACAAGGAGAUAUUACAAAGUUAUCAACAGCAAAUGAAAUUAUCAAAGAAUUCGAAGGCCUAAAAGCAGAUUUAGUUGUCUGCGACGGAGCACCAGACGUCACAGGCUUGCAUGAUAUAGAUGAGUAUGUCCAAUCACAGCUUCUUCUCGCCGCAUUAAAUAUAACAACACAUGUACUGAAAGCUGGUGGUGUCUUUGUGGCAAAAAUAUUCAGAGGAAAAGAUGUAACUUUAUUGUAUUCACAGUUGAAGCUUUUUUUCGAAUUUGUAACAGUUUCAAAACCGAGAAGUUCAAGGAAUUCAAGUAUUGAAGCUUUUGUUAUAUGUCAGAAUUAUAACCCACCUCCAGAUUAUAUACCUACCAUGGUUAAUCCAUUGCUUGAUCAUAAAUAUUGUGACUUCAAUCAAUUCACAGGGCCUAAUAGGUUUAUAGUACCAUUUAACGCAUGCGGUGAUCUGAGUGCCUAUGAUUCUGACACAUCAUAUCCUUUGUUGUUGGAAGGACAAGAUUCUUAUGAAUAUAUGGAACCUGUCCAGAAACCAAUUGAUCCACCUUAUAAAGAAAUAUUAGAAAAAACUAAAUCCAUACAAAUAAAUAAAACUUAAUUGAAA